AUGUCCACUGCGUUUGUUUCUAGAAGUGGUCAUCGACUCAUUGACCCAGUGGACGCAAGUCCACUACGGUUUGUGUCCUUUAAUAUUCCGUCGCUUACUGUCAUUGAAGACAGUCCAAUAGGGUGGGGUCGCCCUGAUUCAUUUGAGCAAUACGAUGCUCUUGAAUCCAUACGUCAGCUUGGUGGGAGAGUAGCCCGUACUUACACAUUGAGUAUUCCCAGUCUAUCCAACGAUACCUCUCGUCAUAUUAUCCCUAAAGCAAACUAUGGAACACCCAAUGUCACUUGGGUUCUGAAUGAAGACAUGUUCAAGAGUCUCGACAGUGCCAUAGCAACUGCUGGUAGACUUGGCAUUUAUCUUAUUAUUCCGUUUAUCGACAACUGGGAAUUUUGGGGUGGAAAGUUGUCUUUUGCUGCCAUGUACGGAAGCACCAACUUUUUUAAUGAUGAUGUUGUCAUGAAUGGAUUUCGACUGUUGAUUGCUACAGUGUUGAAUCGCAACAACACAAUCACUGGAGUGCCUUACUCGCAAGACCCUCAUAUUCUGGCAUGGGAAACUGGAAACGAAUUAAGUCUGGAUGCGUCGACUGCAGUCCCUGCUGCAUGGACUCUAAAUAUCACUCAUUACAUUAAAUCCAUCGACGCGAAUCAUCUAGUCAUGGAUGGCAGUUUUGGAAUCUAUGGAUGGGAUGCUCAAUUGUUGGCUUCCAGUUCUCCUGUAGAUAUAUUCUCCAAUCACUACUAUCCCUUGCCCGCUCUUUUACUCCUUCAAAAACUGCCCAUGUACAUCAUCAUCAUUUUGAUUAGUUUAGGAGUGCUGUCGAUUAUUUCUUUGAUAAUAGCUGCACUCAUGUGGUUUCGUCCGGCUUUUUUUGGCAAUGUCUUGAUCCAUCCACAACAGACUUUGUCACUCUCUGUAGCUGAUCCCGAAUCAUUACGCGAUACUCGACCUGACACCUUGUUUCAACCAUACAAACAACCGGGCGAUGGAAAGCAGAUCGAAUCCAAUACCCCAUCAAAUACAUCCAAACUCGAUCGUUCUCGGCGUCAAAAAGUUGCUGUUUGUUUAAUGCUCGUAUUGACUUUUGUUUUUAUUGGAUCACUCGUCAGUAUUUUGACUACUCAACUGUUGAGUAAUUUUUACGCAUCAAGAUUACAGGCUGAUUCCUCAUUGAUUACAUCGCAUGAAAAAGCAUUCAUUGUUGGUGAAUUCGGAUUAGCUCAACCUAAUUCAAUUCAAUCGUUUAUCGACGCAUUGAUAUCUUCCAGCUCUGUAGGCGCCUUGUGUUGGAGUCUCAGGCCGCAUGCUCGAAAUGGUGGUUAUUUGUCUUUAGAUACACAUGCAGAAAAUAUUGGAUAUUGGUCCUAUCAUUAUCCUGGAUUUCCUUCCAAUGCUCAAAAUGGAUUUUCAAGUGACGAAAUACCACUCAUGAAUAUCAUGAAAACUGCUGCAGUGCGCAUGUCAUCUAUAACUGGGUAUACCCAUCCAACUGUAAAAAAACCAGAUCCACCCCUUCUUCUCAGCAGCAAAAUCACCACCAAAAGCUUGGACAUUAUUUGGCGUGGUUCUCCAGGUGCUCGAACGUAUACUGUACAGCAAUCUGUUGAUAACAUCUCGACAACAUUUCAAACUAUUGCUUCGGGUGUAAUGGAUAAUGUUAGUGCAGGCAGUGUAAUUCUCUCAGUUCCUGUACAAAACUUGACAUACAGCACACCAAUGAUUCGUGUACUUGCAGAAAACGACGCUGGUAUAUCGGACUAUUCGAAUAGUUUGGUUUCUAUAUCAAGUUGA